AUGGACAUGACUAAAAACCACACCACUGACACAGAGGAGUUUGAUGAUGGUGAUAUACGUCCAGUCAGUUUGGGAAUUGUGGACGAUUAUAACGCUUCGUUCGAAUUACCUUUGAAACCAAAGUUUUUACAGAGUGAGAAUUUCUCAGAUUUAACAAGUGAAUGGGACCAGUCUAGAUCAAAUACGCCUGGUCUUGCAGAAGGCAAGACUGAGAAAGCACAGCCAUGCGGUACAACAGAUAGUUCAAAAAAUAGAAUACAUGUAGAGCAACUGUUGGAAUCCGCUAAUGAAAUGAAUAAUUAUUUGGCGCAGAAUAUAGAGAACAUAAACAAUUUUCAGGUGGGGCUAUUGAAUGGAGGGAAAGGAUUAUAUAGUUCCAUGGGUGAUGAUUCGAGCGCGUGUAUUAAUGGCACUAAUUUUAGCUCAACGUCCAAUUUUGAACUAAGUGAUGAUGAGCUAGAGGAUACCACGGGUUGCACAAGUUCUAUUUUUGAUAAAGAUCUUUUCCAUCAACAAAACGGGCUAAGCAUACCUCGCCGUAGAUCACCACUCUUCAAAUCUCCAACUGCCAGUUUCGAAAUUGGCGAUGCUACGGAUGUGGAGGAGCAAGAUAUUGAUGACUCCAUUUUUUCUGAAUGUAGCAGCAUUACAAGCUUUGAUAUGGGAGGGUUGCAUAUCAGUCUACCACACGAUGAAGAAGAAGAUCAAGAAAAAACUAAGUCCGAAAGUGAAAACCCGUUGCUACAUGGCAUACCGGUUGAUGUAGAAGUGCCCCACAUAUCGGUUGAUGAAGCUCUGGCGAAUUUCAAGGAAACCAUAGAACUACUACUAAAACUUAGUGGCAAUAGAAAGUGUACCGGUUUCAAUACUAGAGUGGAGAAAAAAGAAUACUCGAAUUUCUACAUGAAAAGUAAACCCACCUUAUCAUCAGCAGAUUUUCUCAAGAGAAUCCAAGACAAAUGUGAGUACCAGCCAACUGUUUACCUUGUGGCAACAUUUUUAAUUGACACGUUGUUUUUAACAAGGGAUGGCAAUAACAUUUUGCAGUUGAAGUUAAACUUACAGGAAAAGGAGGUCCAUCGAAUGAUAAUAGCAGCGGUUAGAUUGAGCACGAAAUUAUUGGAAGAUUUCGUUCACUCACAUGAAUAUUUUAGUAAAGUAUGCGGUAUUUCGAAACGGCUUUUGACUAAAUUAGAAGUCAGUCUAUUGAUCUGUGUGUGCAAUACUAAAUUAAUGGUCAGUAACAGGAAAUUAGCCGCCUCCAAAUUACUUUUGAAUGAACUACGGUCCUUCUGUGUAUAG